CCGAAAUCGAGAGGCACCUCGGGACGGCUGUGCCCGCUCUGCCAGAGGUGGUUUGGCCGUCCGGGGACAAGAUUCGCUUUGACGCCGACCUCAAACAAGAACACGACUGCACGGGCCAAGUGGGUCGUGACGACCAUACACAGCAUACAAAAGUUCCUCCGUGCCAUUCGGGUAGCGAGACGGAAGGCAGUGAGAUAGUUCUGGGUACUAUCAUCAAGCGAGAUGGACUCAUACAGAUGGUCAAACCGGAGUUUGGUUUCAUCAAGUUUGACGACGAAUCGGACAUUAGGGACCUGAUACAGGAGCGACUGGCUGCCGACACUGAUGACGACAUGGACGACGACAUUUUGGGAGCGGGAUCGAGGCUACCGGCCGCCUCUGCAAAUGCGAUAGUGGGUGGACUGAAGAAGUACUUGCGACCCGUCAGCCCCGAUUUGUUGCCUUUGCCGAAGGACACGAAAAGUUUGUUCGACUUUGACAAGGACGAUCCUUUAGCCCGGUGGCCCAGUCGGUCGAGCCAUCCACACACAUUAGAGUGUGCUUCAUACACCCUUGUGGAUUAUGAUGAUGGAAGUAGCAAGUCGCGCGAGACGCUCGAGACGCUCAAGGAGUUCCUCCGCAAGCGAGUCGAAUCUCACCCGGGCAUUUCCACGAAGUUGACUGGCCACCUGUCCCAGCUUCCUGAAAUCCGCAUGAAGUAUGGCGGCAACGUCGACUCCAUCCGCCGGGUGCUCGAGCAGUUUCCAGACAUCUUUGUUAUUCGCAACCAUGAUCAGGUUCACGUGACCACGUCGAAGAGUUCCGGCAAGACGACGGGAGCAUCGUCGUCUGCGGGUGGCAGUGAUGACGAGACCACCACCCUGACAGGUGCCAAGGGAAAAGUUUAUCGAUUGUUCAAGACAUACGGCUUCAUUUCGGUGCAGCACCCAAUUAGCACGAGCGUUUACUUUAGCCUGCGCUCGUUUGAAAACGGACAGCAUUCGAGUCUUCUCUCAUCUGGCCUUCAGCUCGGAGACGGUGUCGUUCUAGACGCGGAGGUGGGCCCCAAUGAGUGCGAGGCCAAAUUUCGCGCCAGCAGGGUGGCGCGUAUUAAGGGCGGGAAUGCCGCUACUCCGUCCGAUUCGUCGUCGCCGGCGUCGCAGACUCCGGUGUUUGCACCACUCGUGAACCGAACUGGUGCCAUAGAGACUCUGAAGGAUGAGUUCGGUUUUAUAAAAUUGGAAAAAGAGCAGGAGUGCGCGUUUUUUCACGCAGCCGAAAUCGAGAGGUACCUCGGGACGGCUGUGCCCGCUCUGCCAGAGGUGUUGGCCGUCGGGGACAAGCGCUUUGACGCCGACCUCAACAAGAACACGACUGCACGGGCCAAGUGGGUCGUGACGACCAUACACAGCAUACAAAAUGUUCCUCCGUGCCAUUCGGGUAGCGAGACGGAAGGCAGUGAGAUAGCUCCGGGCACUAUCAUCAAGCGAGAUGGACUCAUACAGAUGGUCAAACCGGAGUUUGGUUUCAUCAAGUUUGGUACGAAUUACCGUGACCGCGCCUUUUUUCCUAACAAUGUUGUGAUGCCGCCGCGCGACACCAUCAAGAGCCUACCGGACGUGUUCGCCAUCAACGAUCGCGUGCACUUUGAAGCCAAGCCUAGCCAGAAGCCUUCCGAGAAGGUCAAAUGGCAGGCGACGACGGUAUGGCUCAGUGAGUUUGGGCCUAAAGAUGACGGACUUGAUUCUGCUGAUGAGAGCGGUAAUGAGGUAUUCCUUUCAGACGACGAAUCGGACAUUAUGGACCUGAUACAGGAGCGACUGGCUGCCGACACUGAUGACGACAUGGACGACAACAUUUUGGGAGCGGGAUCGAGGCUACCGGCCGCCUCCGCAAAUACGAUAGUGGAUGGACUGAAGCAGUACUUGCGACCCGUCAGCCCCGAUUUGUUGCCUCUCCCGAAGGACACGAAAAGUUUGUUCGACUUUGACAAGGAUGAUUCCUUUAGCCCGGUGCCCCAGUCGGUCGAGCCAUCCAUAGUAAUCUUUCGGGGCGCAACAGGGCUUGUCACUGACGUCACUGACUUCGGUGGCACAAUUGAGGUCCAAGACCAAGCGUGUUCAGUGGGCUCUCUGAAGGUGAACUUCCUCAGUGGUGUUUUUUACCGCGAUGGGGUGCUGUGUACGAAGCGCCUGUGUGAGGUGCUCGGCUGCGGAGACGCGGUGUCGCUGGACUUCAUGGUUGGAAGCAAUGGAGGACAUGAGGAGGUGCGGUGCGACCUGGUGUGGCAGGGGGCGCGACCCCAGGGUGUAAUUCAGAUGAGCCCCGAGGAUUUUUGCCGUCGGCUGCAGAUCAAGGUCCCCGCACGUCAUGGGGGACCCUCGUACGAAGACUUCCAGCUGGAAUUGGAGGAGGGGGGCCACUGCAUGUCCGCGCACACAAGUAUAUCGAACAGCAUCAACCUACACAGGAGAAGGAGCCACCACAGUCCGCCAUCCUUCCCGCCAAUGUCCAGCAAAGCUUCGCCGUCUUCGCCAUCGGGGAGC